AUGCCACCUAAGAAAAGAGGAAGACCAUCGUCAAAAAGAGAUUCAGAAGUUCCUGAAGAACAAAAUAAGCGUCCGAAAACACCAGCUGCUGAGCUACCACCAUUACCAUCCUCAAAGGGUGACACGUACAAACCAGGUCAGGAAAAAUCUAAGGAAGAGAAAGAAGAAGCAGUGCUUAAAUUGAUAGAUUCCACUACAUAUAGAUUGAAUACAGAUACACCGGGUCAAUUCCAAUUGAGAAUAUCAAUAUCCAUUACUGAAGGGAGAUAUCUAACAGGACCUGGUAAUUAUUUCACUUCAGUUGAAGGUAAAAACAUAAUUGAUAAGAUACAGAAAUUAUCAAAUGCUGUGUUAUUGGUAACAGACAUAGUGGAGGGAAGUAUAGAUAGAGAAGUGCUUGUUACUGGUGGUAUUCAAGAGAUUGCAAUUGCAGUAGCUCAUAUAAGUACAUCAUUAGCUUCCAUAUUAGAAGAUCCAACUACAGAAACUAAAUUAUCCACAACAUUGCUAAUACCAGGUAGUAUUAUUGAAAGUAUAACUCGUGCCAAAUUAACUAAAUUAAUCACUUCUAUUGAUAUAUCAUCUGUUUUCGUUCCUUUUUCAAAUUAUCAAACAGUAUAUAUUAAAGGAAGAAUUCCACAAUUGAUGCUUUCCAUUUCUACAUUGGUUAAAGAAAUUGCUAAUAUACCAAUACAAAAUCAAAUAAUAAAAGAUUUCCCACCAGAACCAUUCCCAUUAUUAGCUGUUAGAGGUGAUAAAUAUGUUAGAUCAGAAACUAAUCAAAAAUUAUUAGAUAAAAGUAAAGAAUCUUUUAUUAAAUAUCUUCACCAGGAUUUCAAAGAACAUGAUAAAAUAACAAAAACUGAUCCAAAAAUUCAUAGUCAUAAUCAAAUUGAAGAAUUUAUAAAAGAAUGUCAAAAAAAUAUCAAAUCAUUAGAUACAUUUAAACAUGUUAUUGAUGUACCAGUGGAUUCUAUUAGUAAUGUUAUUGGUCAUAAUGGGUUGAAAAUCACAGAAAUUAGAUCCAAAUCCAAUAGUAAUGUCAUUAUUGAUGAUCAUCCAAAGGAUACACAGUAUAAGAUUGUUACAAUUAGUGGGCUUUCAGAGAAUAAUUUGACUGCUUUACAAUAUUUGAAAUCGCUUAUAGUUUAA